GGGGGGUCCAUGUGCGCAUAGUCGCAUGACGUCACGCCCCCCGCGCGUCCUCGCAUCCGGAGCCUCUGUAGUUGAUCUGAGCUGGAGAACAGUCCGGAUUACACGCUGCUGUUUCAUGGGGUUUCUCUCCAUGCGUAACGGAGUGUGUACUGGUUUGGGUUAUUUUUGACCCAGCUGUGUUUUUCUGGGGGGGGGGAUGUACAACUGAAACACGCUCUCACUCCGUGCACGGGAUGUGAUGCACAAGUUGAGUCCGUAAUUAAGUCUUCACUUGAUCUCAACUUUGCAGUCCGCAGCUGGAGACUUGAGUCCUGUGCGUCGGGGACGCGGAGCAGCCGCUGGGAGCAGAGGGAGCGGGACGCGCUGCGUCUUUACGCGUCGCGCGCUUUCAGCUGCUGGACUCGGCCGCGGAGUUCUGGGCUCACCACUGUCGGAUCUACAAGGAUGCAUCAUCACCCCAGCCCCCGUCAUGUGCAACACAAGUGGACCCGUCUCACGGAUUCUUCUUGACACUUCGUAAAUCAAUCCGCGCAACACCUUCGCACCCAAGCCACUUGUGCCACGAGCCUCCCGGCGCAAUGAUUUUAACAACUUUUGUCAUUAUUUUGUUCUUGCCGGACCCGGUGCUCGGCCUGAAGGGGGUCGGCGGCGCGGCGUCCCGGCCCGCGCGCCUCGACUGCGUGAGGGCCAGCGAGCAGUGUCUGAAGGAGCACACCUGCAGCACCAAGUACCGCACCAUGCGGCAGUGCGUGGCCGGCCGGGAGAGCAACUUCAGCGCGGUCACCGGGCCGGAGGCGCAGGGCGAGUGCCGCAGCGCCAUCGACGCCAUGAAGCAGAGCCCCCUGUACGACUGCAGGUGCAGGAGAGGCAUGAAGAAGGAGAAGAACUGCCUGCGGAUCUUUUGGAGCAUAUUCCAGAGCUUACAGGGUAAUGAUUUGUUGGAAUACUCCCCGUACGAACCAGUCAACAGCCGGCUCUCAGACAUCUUCCGCCUGGCCCCCAUCAUCGCAGUCGAGCCCGCGUCCACGAAGGAGAACAACUGCCUGAACGCUGCCAAAGCCUGCAACCUGAAUGACGCGUGUAAGAAGUACCGCUCAGCGUACAUCAACCCCUGCACGAGCCGGGUGUCGGCCUCCGAGGCGUGCAACAAGCGCAAGUGCCACAAAGCUCUGCGACAGUUCUUUGACAGGGUUCCAGACAAAUACAGCUACGGGAUGCUGUUCUGCUCCUGUCCGGCGGGGGAUCAGACGGCGUGUGCCGAACGCAGGCGACAAACCAUCGUGCCCGUCUGCUCCUACGAGGACAAAGACAAACCCAACUGUCUGUCCCUUCAGAGCUCGUGCAAGACCAACUACAUCUGCAGGUCGAGGCUGGCAGACUUCAUCAGCAACUGUCAGCCAGAAGCGCGCUCCGUCUCCGGCUGUCUGAGGGAAAACUACGCUGAUUGCCUGCUGUCUUAUUCGGGUCUUAUUGGGACGGUGAUGACGCCCAACUACGUGCGAUCUCUGGGCAUCAGCCUCUCGCCGUGGUGCGACUGCAGCAGCAGCGGGAACAGCAAGCCGGACUGCGAUAAAUUCGCAGAGUUUUUCACCAGCAAUAGAUGCCUACGUAACGCCAUCCAGGCUUUUGGCAACGGCACCGACGUUGGAGUCUGGCAACCGCAGCCCCCAAUUCAGCCCACGGCGGGCGUCACCCGGAGGCCUAAGGAGCGAACCAACAGUGCCGCGGACCCGCUGACAGACGUGACCAAACUGCACCUUGACGGAGACUCCUUAUAUCACAUCUGCGGGACCUUACAGGCCCAAAAACUGGUGUCAAACCAAACGGUGGAUACUGCAGUGUGUGUGAACCGCAAACUGGAUGAGUCCAGUGACUCAAACGCCAUUGCCAGAAGCUCACCGGCUGAACUCGCCUGCCUACACCCCUCCAGUAUGCUCCUGGCACUGGCCUUUGGUUUCACGCCCAUAGUGUUGCCGCAGGACGGCUUCUACCUUUUGUAGGAACGCCGAGUCUCGUGGAUCGACUUCUCUUAUCGCGAGGAGUGACUCAACUCAUGAAACUUUAAUUUGUGACACCUACAUUUUUUUCUUUUCUUUUCUUCCUUUCUUGAAGUGGAAAAGAGCAACACAGGCUGGUAAGAGCACGAAAAAAUAAUGGGCGACGGCGGAUCGUAUCCGAGGGAACCCGCGUUGACCGCUGCUCGCCGCCGUAGCGCAGAUAUCGGCUCAUUUGCCUUCUCUGCCUCGUGGGGGCAAUUUGGUCUCAUACAUAGAAACACUUUUUCCUUUGUUUCGGAGCUGAACCCUGUGAUCUGGUAACCGUGUGAAUAAAGUCACUCCUUUGGACUGGGUCGCAAACCGGCUCACAUUCGACCGGACGGACUGCCAAUGUGCCGAGCGUCCUUGUGAGGACGAGGUGGGAUGAGUCUCUGUCUAGUCCUUACUGUGCUUCAAGGCGUCCUGUUAAUAAACUCCGCUUCGGCGGAAAAAUAAGGACAACUACUAAGUGUUGAUCUGUAAGUGUUGAUCUGUAACGUGUCCCUAUGGAAAACUGACCCAUUGCCUAGACACACAAGACAUAGACGCUACAAGAACCUACGUUCUCCUCCACAUGCUCAGUAAGUAAAGACCCGUUUUGUAGAUUGAUUUGACGCUGGCUUGUGGUUCGAUCACCGUCGCCUCUGGAAAAUAACAUUUUGUACAUACGAUACGUGAAAUGUGAACUCUAUUACAGUUUGCCGCUGUUUGGUUGUAACAUAUCGUCUGUAAUGUUUUUUGAGAGUGUAUGUUAGCUUUUCGUGGGACUGAGGCGCCUCGGCUUCGUCUGCUGUCGCUACGAUUUCUAAAGUGUGACGGGGUACGGUUCUUCACUCAGAUAUGACUUUAAUGUGUAAUUAAGUGUUGCUGGCAAAGUGCAUAAUGUUAUCUUAAUAUUUCUCUCGGGGAAAUAUCAAAAUAUCUGCAACGGCAGCGCGAGCAUAACGAAUUUAGUAAAAAAAAAAGUACCGUUAAUGGCUAAAACAUGUUUCGUUGGUUUGAUCCAGGUUCGUCAGACUGCCACUGUUUCACCUAAUUACAUCUUGGCAGAGAGCAAGAGGACGAAGGUUUGACAAGCAAUGAAUGUGUACAUACCCACAAGUCGAGCUACGCCAAAAGACAAAAAAGCCAGAACACAUUAAUUGCUGGCAAUUACCGCCGAUGCAAAUGGGGGAAAAGAUGAAAACACUCACAUAGUUAUUACAGACUUAAUGACACCAUCAUUAUCCGAGACAUUCAAAGAAUGUACAACAUAAUGAUAAUGAACACCGACGACUUGUUUUUAAACAUCCUUACAUUUUCCCAAAGUGUGUAAAUUCGCCUGCACGCAAAAUCCCUGUCGACUACUCAACUGAAGCCUGUAAUGGCGUGCGUCUUUAUAGAUUGUGUGUCUCAGAUUUGCUUUUUAAAAGGGUCAAAAAAGAGUUUUGGUCAAACAAAUACAACCCAACUGUUUACCUAAUUUGAAUUUUGGCAUCUGAAGUCAUCUCCUUUAGGAAGAAACCUUUAUGUACAGGUAGCCAUGGAUAAAACGGAAAGAAAAAAAAUGACAUUUGGUUGAUCUGUUCAGUGUGUGCCACGCAGCAGAAAUAAAGAUGAUGAACAGUGA